GUGGUGGGCACAUCCUCCCGAGUAGACUGGGUGGUGGGCACAUCCUCCCGAGUAGACUGGGUAGUGGGCACAUCCUCCCGAGCAGACUGGGUAGUGGGACAUCCUUCUGAGCAGACUGGGUAGUGGGACAUCCUCCUGAGCAGACCGGGUAGUGGGACAUCCUCCUGAGCAGACCGGGUAGUGGGACAUCCUCCUGAGCAGACCGGGUAGUGGGACAUCCUCCUGAGCAGACCGGGUAGUGGGACAUCCUCCUGAGCAGACCGGGUAGUGGGACAUCCUCCUGAGCAGACCGGGUAGUGGGACAUCCUCCUGAGCAGACUGGGUAGUGGGACAUCCUCCUGAGCAGACUGGGUAGUGGGACAUCCUCCUGAGCAGACCUGGUAGUGGGCACAUCCUCCCGAACAGACUGGGUAGCAGGCACAUCCUCCUGAGCAGACCGGGUAGUGGGCACAUCCUCCUGAGCAGACCUGGUAGUGGGCACAUCCUCCCGAGCAGACUGGGUAGCGGGCACAUCCUCCUGAGCAGACUGGGUAGAAGGACUGGGUAGUGAAGUGUGGCCAGUCUACUCUGAGAGUGCUAAUACCGCUUGAGUUUAUCACAUCUGGUUGUUCCUAAGUAGGUAGACUGCAUAGACGCGAAUAUUGCCCGAGAUUAAAGAUCUGUAUUACUAUGGCUGCACAUAUCUUAGGUCAGAAAUUAGCGACUUGGUGCAGAAACCAGAGGAGAUUUUUAUGCCUGAGGGAAAAGGAAAACCCUACUUCCAGGACUUUGAGGACAGCUAAGAAUCACGAGAAAAUGGACAAAAGGAUGUCUUCAUUAUGAUAGCUACAUUCCUCAUGCUCAGGCAUCACAAAUCUAGUCGCCACCAUGGGAACACUGAAGAUGAAGUUGUCAUUUACCGAGAGAGGAAGGAAAGGGAAGAAGCAAGACUGAAAGAAAUGGACUCCGAUACGGAGUACUGGUCUGGCAAAGCAAGUUCUGCAGCUUAGUUUGGGAAAUGUUCCCUUCUGGUUACUGGAUAAACUGGCUCCACCCCGCUGCUGAAAUGUGAUACAAGUUGUAACCAAGCCGGAAGUUGCUAGGCUGCCUUCGCUGCUCAAGGGUCAGGAUCCAUUGUUAGAUUGUGAAAUAACAAUUCAGUAGGAUGUACCAGCAUAAAAUACGAGUUUAUCACAUGUGUUAAAGAGACUAGAAAUCAAGUCUCAUUUCCACUUAUGCCUGAGUGGAGGUGAAUGCCAAAUAAGUCUUUGUGAAACUGAAUUAACUGUUUCCACUACAUCGCCCUUUAGAUGGCAGUUCCAGGAUUUAUCCUUGGUUUCUUGGUACUUCUAUUGCACGUUAGUUCUGUGGCUAAUUACCCCAAUGGAAAAGUAACAAAAUCAUGCAAUGGAAUGAUUCCCUCACAUGGUCAUACUCCACGCUCUGAUCCAGUUCACAACAUUUCAGUGAGUCAGAUGACAUUCAGACCUGGAGACCAGAUCCAAGUUACUUUGUCAGGGCCUGUAUUUAAAGGCUUUCUCUUGGAAGCGCGCAAUGCUGAGAAUUUGAGUGGCCUUCCUAUUGGCUCCUUCACAUUGAUUGACAGUCAAGUGUCACAGCUUCUGACCUGUGAAGAUGUGCAGGGAUCAGCCGUGAGUCAUACAAGUUCAUCUAAGAAAUCAGAAAUUAAAGUCUUCUGGAAUGCUCCAAGCAGUGCCCCGAAUCACAUACAGUUUCUUGUUACAGUGGUUGAAAAGUAUAAAAGCUACUGGGUGAAGAUUCCUGGUCCUGUAAUUUCACAGCCAAAUGCACCACCUUUUACCACUCCUGAAGCUACAAGAGCACCUUUGUCAACGUUACCUCCAGUCUCUCAUUUAACCCAAUCAUUCAGUGCUUUAGAUUGUGGUACCAAGAAGUUCUGCAUGAGGAGUCCUUUGAACUGUGAUCCAGAGAAGGAGCGUGCCUGUGUCUUCUUGUCCUUCACAUUGGAUGACCAAUCAGUGAUGGUUGAAAUGAGCGGUCCUAGUGAAGGCUAUUUAUCCUUUGCAUUUUCUUACGACCGAUGGAUGGGUGAUGAUGAUGCUUACAUGUGUAUUCAUGAAGAUCAGAUUGUGCAUAUAAAACCUUCCCAUCUGAUGGGGCGAAGUCACCCUGUGAUGGACUCUGAGGAUAUUCUUAAGGAUAUGUCUUGGAGGCUGGCGGAUGGUGUUAUGCAAUGUUCUUUCAGAAGAAACAUUACCCUUCCUGGGGUUAAGAAUAGAUUUGAUCUGAACACGAGCUACUACAUAUUUCUAGCAGAUGGUGCAGCUAAUGAUGGUAAGAUUUAUAAGCAUUCUCAGCAACCUUUGAUUACAUAUGAAAAACAUGAUGUGACAGACUAUCCAAAGAACAUAGGAGGAUCCCGUUCUAUAUUCCUUCUAAAGGCUCAUGGUGCCUUAAUGUUUGUGGCGUGGGUGACGACCGUUAGCAUAGGUGUGCUGACUGCUCGCUUCUUCAAACCUGUUUGGUCAAAGAUUUUCUUUGGUAAAGCAGUUUGGUUUCAGGUGCAUCGAGGGCUCAUGCUCACUACAUCUGCCCUCACCUGCAUUGCUUUUGUUCUGCCUUUUAUUUACAGAGGCGGCUGGAGUUGGUGUGCAGGUUAUCACCCAUACCUUGGUUGUAUAGUGAUGAUUUUAGCAGUUCUGCAGCCUCUUCUGGCAGCCUUCAGGCCACCUUUACAUCACCCAAGAAGGCAAAUGUUUAACUGGACUCAUUGGAGUACUGGAACAGCUGCUAGAAUAAUAGCAGUGGCAGCAAUAUUCCUGGGAAUGGAUUUGUCAGGAUUGAAUCGUUCUGACCCACGGAAAAUCUACGCAAUGAUUGGAUUUGUAGCCUGGCAUGUUGGAACUGAAAUCAUUCUGGAGAUACAUUCUUACCGACUUUCUCGAAAAGUUGAAAUAUUGGAUGACACCAGAAUUCAGAUUCUUCAGUCAUUUUCUGUAGCUGAAGCAGAAGGUCAUGCUUUUAAAAAGGCAGUGUUAGCAAUUUAUGUCUGUGGGAAUGUGACUUUUCUCAUCAUAUUCUUAUCUGCAAUCAGCCAACUAUGAGCAAGCAGAGGCCUUGACUUUUUGCAGACCAGGUGAUAAGCCAAAAAAAAAAAAAAAACAACUUGAAGCUUGUGCAACUGACUGCUGGAGCAGAUUCGUGAAUUCUAAUUUGGAAAACCUGAUCAUGUCUGUAGAGGAAUUCUGAAGUCUGAUCUUUAGAAAUCAACAUUCAACAGGGUCCUAUGGACCAUAAACUGAUGUUAAACCUUUAUGUAUAAUCCUGCCUUAUAAUAAAAGUAAUUAAAGAGAAAUGACACUUAAUUUUUUUUUUUUUUUGCUGAGAUUUGAAGAAUGUUAGCAUUUAAUAAAAUAAACAAGUACUAUUUGGAAAAACAACAAAAAUGUCAUUAGGAUAAAAAGGAGAAUGUAUUAAGGUAAAUGUUCUUUGAACUAUAAAGGUGCUGUAUUUUAAAGAAAACAUUUAUUUUUACUAGUUUAUUUGAAUGGUUUUUCCAAUGACUUAAUAGAAAAACUGUUGUUCAAUUAUGUUGUUCAGUUUGCAAGUCUUUUGCUAUAUGUAUUUUGUUACUUUUCUGGUAAAGGUGGCAGCAGGGCUGAAUCUAUUAUAGGUUUCAUUAACAUUUGAAAAUAUGAAAUUGUCAUUCUUUCAUAACAACGAAAUGCAAGGGUGCGUCUUUGGCUUAAGGACUAUCUUUAUAUUCAGCUAACGUGCUGAAAUGGCAUUUUAAAUGUUGGUUGUUUUGAUUUUAAGAGUUAAAUUCUAGUCUAUGGAUAUUGGAGACUUGCAUUUCAUAAUUAAUAAACUUUACCUUGUGAACACAGCUGUUAUUUUCUUUGUGAAAUAAAAUGUGUGGCAUUGAUUUGUUAGACGUUCUGAUAUUGUUAAUCGGUUUUGUUUUCUUUCCCAUUCCAAGAAUUUAUCUUUUAUAUUAUACGUGGGCCUCAUAUUUGCUAUGAGGACUCUUAGCCAGCGGGUGGCGCCAUAAUACCAAAAGAAAGCUUUAUUCCUCUGGCUGUGAUGCAUUUUAGGAUUUAAAUAAUGUCAUGGGAUGGCAUUUCCUUUCCUAGCACCAACUCUUAAUCUUUAUUUUUAAAAAUUUCUGUAGGUUUUUUUUUUUUUUGAUGGUGUUUCAGGCUUAUGGGUUAGAAACUGAAAUUAGGGAUUAGGUGCCAGUAUUGCUAUUUUCUGGUUUCAUUUCUAUUUUUCUAUGUUUUCUAAACAUGAUUGUUCAUAACAAAUGUUUUAUAUUUCCCUUUACAUUUCUCUGACCUCAUCAUAAAUUAAUGUAGUGCUCUUCGGCAAAUGAAACAAGCAAAACUGAACAAUUUAAAAAUAAAUAUAUUUAGGGAGGUAUGUUUUAUUUAUUUAGGUGCUCUUCUGAUGUAUUUAGGUGCUCUUCUGAUUAUGUUCUAGUUUUUGCUUGGCCUAAGAGCCUAAUAUAUAUCUGUUGUAAGAAAAAGGUCCAGCUGUAUAUCCUACAUCUUUUACUGGGUAAAUAAUAAAGAAGUUUUGUUUUUGUUCCUUAUAUUGGUGUUUGUCUUAGUAGCUUAGGGCUACUAAGUACUUAUGUACUUUCUGUGUUCUAUAAUUGCAGGUUACUUGUAGCCUAAACAGUCCUUUUGAGUGUUUUUGUUUAAAAAUUUUUUAGUAUAGUAAGUUAAAAAUAUACUAAAAUAUUUUCUUCUAGUUUUCAAUUAUAAUGAGCUUAAAGAUAAAUAAAUUUCUUUCAGUAAAAUAUAUUCUGUAUCUGACAAAAAUAAUUAAGCAGAAGAUGAGUUUUGGUGUGUUUGAUUUUCAGAUAUGUGAACUUGCUAGAUUUCCAGUGCUAUGGCUAAGCUAUUUUAACUUUUUUAUUGAAUUAUCUGUUUGUACUAUUUAAAUUUAUCAUCAGCUGAUAUAUACAGAGUUGUCAAAAGAAGUCUUUGUAACUUAAUAUUAAUAAACCAAAUCUUUUUAUUGUUACCAGAUUAUGAUCUUCUGCUUACACAUUUUGAGACCUGCAGAUUGAAAAUGUC